AUGGCACUUGCAAAGCAUUCCAUUUUCUUCUUCACAUUCAUUCUCUUUUCAUUCAUUCAAGCACCCACUUUUGCCAUCAGAAAUUCUUACAUAGUGUAUUUGGGAUCUCAUUCGCACGGUCCAGAAGCAACAGAUGCUGAUUUUGACCGAGUUACAGAAUCUCAUCAUCAACUUCUUGGAUCUUUUUUGGGAGGGUAUUCGGUGGCAAAAGAAGCAAUGAUGUACUCUUAUACAAGAUUCAUCAAUGGCUUUGCAGCCGUUAUGGAAGAAAAUGUAGCUGCUGAAUCCAAAGUAAGAAUUUUUGCAUAUCCAAAAGUGUUGAAAGUAUUGGAAAGCAAAGGAAGGAAAUUACACACAACUCGUUCGUGGGAAUUCAUGUUACAGACAGAUUCUAAUGGUGUAGCUCUGCGAGGUUCCACCUUCAAGAGGGCUAGAUUUGGUGCUGACACUAUCAUUGCAAAUAUCGACACUGGGGUGUGUGUUUGGCCUGAAUCUCAAAGUUUUUCUGAUGAGGGAAUGGGACCCAUUCCUUCAAAAUGGAAAGGAGCUUGCGAUGGUGAUAAAGACCCCUUAGGUUUUCGUUGCAAUAGGAAGCUGAUAGGAGCGAGGUAUUUCAACAAGGGUUAUCUAGCUGAUCCUUCUGGUGCCGGAAGCCCCAAUGCCGUACUGAACCAGACUCAGAUUCACACUCCCAGAGAUUACGACGGCCAUGGCUCUCACACUCUCUCGACAGCCGGAGGCAACUCCGUUCACCGCGCCAACAUGUUCGGUCACUUAGCCAACGGCACUGCCUCCGGCGGUUCUCCUUUGGCCAGACUCGCCACCUACAAGGUCUGCUGGCCGCCGGUGUUACAUUCUGGCAGCUGCCACGAUUCCGAUAUACUCGCAGCGAUCGAUAUGGCCAUCCACGACGGCGUCGAUGUCAUUUCCGUCUCUCUUGGAGGCUUCCCUUCCACUUACCUCGGUGAUAUUUUCUCUAUCGGCGCUUUUCAUGCCUACAAGAAUGGCGUUAAUGUCGUCUGUUCGACCGGAAACGACGGUCCUUCCCGUCCAUUCGUCACCAAUAUUGCACCUUGGGUUUUCACAGUAGCUGCUAGCACCAUAGACAGAGACUUCCAAGCUCGAGUUCAACUCCAGAAUGGAAAGAUCUUGGUGGGGGCGAGCCUUUCUGAAUCAUUACCACAGGACAAGUUUUACCCGAUCAUUGCUAGUGCCAAUGCAAGAAGGGACAAUUCAACUAUUAAUGAUGCGAAUUUGUGUUUAGAAGGAACGAUAGAUCCGAAGAAAGUGGAGGGCAAGAUCUUGGUUUGCAUGAGCGGUGUUGAUUCUAGUACAGCAUCGAGAGUGGAGAAGGGGUAUGAGGCGUUUCGAGCUGGUGCUGCAGGAAUGAUUCUCAGUGAUAAGCUUGACGACAUUGAACCUGAUAUGUAUAUGCUUCCAGCAGCAAAUAUCAAAUACCAAGACACUCUUGCUUUGCUUUCUUACCUUCAAUCAACCAAAAAUCCUGUGGCCACUAUUUAUCCACCCUCAGAUGUGUUCAAUUUGAAGCCUUCUCCAGCAGUAGCAUCUUUCUCCUCCAGAGGACCAAGCUCAUUCGUACCAGAGAUUCUCAAGCCUGAUAUUACUGCUCCCGGGGUGAACAUUCUGGCUGCAUAUUCACCAGCCGUUGCCCCGACCAUAUUUUCAUUUGAUAAUCGAAGUGUUCCUUAUACCAUUCUGUCUGGAACUUCUAUGUCUUGUCCUCAUGUUUCUGGAGUUGUCGGACUUCUCAGAACACUUCACCCAGAAUGGAGUCCUGCUGCUGUUAAAUCUGCCAUCAUGACAUCUGCAAAGGCAAGGGACAGCACUGGUCAUCCAAUGCUUGCAAGUGACGACGAGGCCAUGAAGAAGGCAACCCCUUUUGACUAUGGCUCAGGACACAUAAGGCCGAACAAAGCCAUUGAUCCUGGCUUGGUCUAUGACUCAACCGUGAAGGACUAUCUGGAUCUCAUGUGUGGCCUUAACUACACUGCCAAAGACCUAAGACUCUUCUAUGAUGCUCCUUGCAAGUGUCCUUAUUCCUACGAUAUUCUCAACUUCAAUUACCCUUCAGUGACUGUCCCUGUUCUCUAUGGCUUAGUCAAUGUGACCAGGACCCUCAAGAACGUUGGCUCGCCAGCGACGUACGUGGCUCGAGUCCUCUCGCCUCCUGGUCUGGCCAUUAAUGUGCAGCCCAAGAACUUGAAAUUCGAGAAGCUCGGUGAAGAGAAAAGCUUUACUUUGACAAUUCAAGUUAAGAGUCAUGGUCUUGACACUGUUUUUGGAAUGUUGAUUUGGUCUGAUGGAAAGCAUUUUGUGAGGAGUCCUAUAACUGUUGGUGGUGUUAAAGUUUAG